AUGGAAACAAGAAGAUGUGCCCAUAGAAUUGGCCUGCUUUUGUUUGUUUUUCAGUGCUUAUCAGCAAACAUUUCGCAUGCUUUCGUUUCAGAGUAUCGAAUACACAGGCCACAGGUUUGUGUUUCACAUGGAUAUUUUCGUGAACCAUCAUUUCUCGUGGCAUCGACGGUUGAUACAUUAGAAGAUGACAAAGAAAAUAGCAACUGCACUGAAGAUGGAGAAGAAAACUCCGCUGAAGACGAUGAUGAUGAUGAACACACUAUCGUGGAAAUUGACGAUGAUGACGAGAAAGAUGGAAACGAAGAAGAUGAUCCAUAUCUCGGAUCCUACACAAGGAAUGAAGAGUGGUUGGAACAGGCAACAGCAACUGUUUUGGACCUAGAAAGGCUACCUCUCGGCUCACUGACACCAGAAGAUAUUUCCUCCAUCAGUGGCAUCAUGUCAGCUUGGGUGAAACGAUGUUCAGUCAAAGCCUGCUUAACUGUGGAACAACUACUAAAACGCGUCGUUGAUGAUAUGCGGGCCAACAAUCCUGACGCCUAUGUCACUGCUCGCAUGUAUACGAUUGCAAUUGACGCAUGGGGUAAAAGUGGCGCGAAUGGAGCCGCAGAGCGGGCACAAACAAUCCACGAUGGGAUGAUAGCUAUGUACAACGAGACUGGCAAUGAAAAAUUGGCACCAACGACGAUGAGCUUCAACACCUUGAUGAAUGCCUGGGUGAAAUGCACGAAUCCGAGUGCUGCCCCCAUCUCAGCUGAAAGGGUUCUGGAGCAAAUUUUAGCAUGGGGAGACAAUGGAAUACGCCCAGAUCCUUUUUCUUUCAGCACCGUAAUUGAUGCCUAUUCUCGAUCUGGCCUUCCAAACGCAACGCAACGGGCGGAAGAGCUCUUUCAAAUGAUGGACACAAUCAAUGUGAAACCAAAUGUAUUCACUUAUGCUGCAUUACAAAAUGUCUACGCCCGAUCGGGCAAAAGAGAUGCACCAAAUAAAACGCUAGGAGUCCUGCACCGAAUGCUGGACGCUUACAAUGAAGGAGAUGCAUAUGCGAAACCAAAUGUUGUCUCUUACAACUCCGUGCUAAGUGCUUACAGUCGGACACCUAGCAUUGAGUCAGCAAAGAAAGCUUAUGAAUUCUUUCUAAAUAUGGAGAAGUCUCCGGAAAAUGGUGGUUGGGAUGUGGAGCUAACGCGAUUGAGCUACUCACUUGCGAUUUUGGCGUGCACAAGGUGCCAUGAUUCCAGUUUAGGUGCUGAUCUUGGUGAAAGGAUUUUGAUCAAAAUGGAACGCCGGGCGAUUGAAGAAGAGGAAAAGCGAAAAGAGGUCUCUAGUGCAGCACCCGCUUCUGUAACCCUUGACUUCGAGUCGUUUAACGUGGUCGUUUUUGCAUUGUCCAAGUCUCGGGCAAAAGAUGCUGCCACAAGACUGCUAAAAAUUGUGGAUCGGAUGCAAAAGUAUGUUGAAGAAGGUCACAUACAUAUCACUCCAAAUAUUCGAACUUGGAAUGCGGUGCUGCUUGGGGUUGCACGAUCCAAUGUUGCUGAUGCUCCACAACGAGCCGAAAAAAUCUUGAAUCACAUGUUCGACUUACAUGAACGAGGUAUUUGUCAAUGCAAACCAGAUGCAUAUAGCUUUGCUGCAGUAAUGAAUGCGUACCAGAGGAUAGGAAAUUUUGAGUCUGCCAAACGAUCAGAUGAAAUAUUGUGGCGAAUGAAUGAAAUGUAUGAAAAGGGCAAGCUGGACGAUCCACCUGACUCGGUGCUGUUCACAAUUGUGAUAGUAGGGUGGGCAAAGUCGAACCACAAAGAUUCUGCCAACAGAUGCUUACAAAUUUUGUCUUACAUGAUGAAACGAUAUGCAGCCGGCGACGAAAAAGCCAAGCCUACAGUCCGAACGUACAAUGCGAUUAUGGAGUGCUUCAUCAAGGCGGAUGAAGCAGAAAAGGCAGAGGACCUCCUUUAUCACAUGCUUUCUAGCCAUCGCGAGGGAGAACUUGACCUUCCCGAUUCUUUUUCUUUUAAUGCAGCGAUUCGAGCGUUCACCCGGAGUAGUCUCAAGGACGCUGGUCGUCGUGCCGAAAGUGUGCUCGAAAGGUUUCUUGAAUUCAGUGAGGAGAAUCCUUCGGUGGUGCCUGACAAUCGAUCAUUUACAAAUAUCAUCGCCUAUUAUGGGCGCAAACGCGAGCUCUUGGAUGCUCCCUAUCGAGCUGAAUAUCUUUUGUCUAGGAUGAUUUCAUUGUUCAAAGGGGGGCAGAAAUAUCUGGCUCCCAACACUUUUGCUUUGGAGGCUGUGAUUGAUACGUACGCCCAGCACAAUCAUCCAGAUGCGGGGGAGUGUGCUGAGCGCUUGUUACGAACGAUAGAAAAGCUGCGUGAGCAAUAUGGCGCCGAUGUGCAAUUAAAAACAACCACAUUGAAUAGCGCCUUAUAUGCGUGGUCAUGUACUGGAGACGGGAAUGCUGGAAAGCGAGCAGAUGAACUGCUGCGCAAAAUGGAGGAAAUUUGUGACUCGGGGAAAAGCGAAAUGAUACCAAGUGUGAAGAGCUAUUAUUUGGUGCUCUUGGCUUGGUCGAAAUCUGACAGCCAAAAUAAGGCGGAAGAAGCAUAUCGAGUUUUCAACCGUAUGAAACAAAGAUAUGUUGAUGGCAAGCUAUACUCGAUUUCCGAUGCUCGUCCGUAUUCGCAGGUCAUUAAUACGUGCGCAUUCACAAAGGCAGAUGCUUCCACCGAGCUUAUGGCAUUCAAUAUUGCCGUGAAAGUGUUCAAAGAAGUUGUAGAAUCAAAGGACAUCCAUCCUUCCAGCUUGUUUUUUGGAUGGUUCUUCAAAGCGUGCGGUCGUUUACAAGUCCCAGACUCCAUACGCGACCGAAGCUUGGUUUUUGCCUUCAAGGAAUGCAGUAAAAGGGGACUAGUCGAUAGUUUUGUCCUUCACCAGCUCAAGUCGUCAGCACCAGAAUACGUACUGAGACGCCUCCUUUCCGUGCCAAGCAUGGAUAAAAAUUCCAAACAUGACUACAAGUAUUCGGUAAGGCUACCUCACCUUCCUAAUGAGUGGAAACGCAACGUUUCCAAGUGA